AUGGAGUUCCCUGAAUUUAAAAUUAAAAACAUUACUCGAAACUGUACUAGGGGAGGGGAGAACUAUCUUUAUUUUUUUGAGUUAGAAGAAGUUAUUAGAGUGGAUGAGAAUGAGAUUAGUCAGGUCGGAAUUAAGACUAAUACUAAUGUCUUAAACCAUCAUGACCUUGAAGAAAAAUUUUUGAUAAAGGGAGGUUAUGUUAGUAUUACUAAUGUGAAAAAUACAACUUAUAGGCAAGAUUACAAAAUUAUAGGAACCACUCCUGUAAAAACUUUACUUAUCGAAAGAACUUGUGAAAUUAAGGUUGAUUUAAGAAGAGUAGAAAGAAUUUGUUUACAUAUUAGGGAUGGUUUUGAUUUUCACACUGACCUAAAUAACAACCUUUUUAUUUGUCCUGCUGACGGUUAUUCGGUUGGCCGAGGAGCAAUUAAUAAUGAGGGAUUAGAAACUAUUACUGACACUAUUGUAAAUUACAUAAGCAAUCACCAAGGGGAGUUUAGUUUGAAAAGGAAUAGAUUGACCUAUAAUGCCUACGGUUUAGGAGAAGAGCAAGCAGCGAGAAUGAGAUAUAUAGAAAAAGGAACCGGAGCACAACACCGUUGCCUGUUUCCUAAAUUUUUCUCUAAACAACAAUAUGAAAGAAUGAAAAAUGCCUUAGGGGAUAAUGUUGCCUGCAAGGUGCCUGGUUGCUACAAUAACUAUGCUGAUACCUUAAAUUACCAUGAAAAAAAUGAGGUGAGCGUAAUUAAUGGACGUUGCGGUUAUCAUCGAAGAAUGGAAAAUGGAGAUUUACCACUUCCUAAUCAAGAACCAGAAAAUCAAACCGCUGGGGUGGGUAUUUCUGGGCACGAAAGAAAACAAAUAAUUAGAAAUGCUCUAAAUAAUAAUAAUGAAUUAAAAAGAAUGGUAGCAGCAAACCGCUCAGAAUUGAAUGGAGAUGCUUUAGUAGAAAUGGCCUCGACAGCAGAAGA